AUGUCAGGUACUGUUAGACUCCCCGAUGUGCUACCUAUAACAUCCAAAAAUAUCGACUAUCUCAACAAAAUCACGGUGCCUGAUCUAUCGCAGGAAAUAUCAAAUUCAAAGACAUCUAUCCAGGAAUCCACCAUAGCCCUCCUUUCUUCCACUUCCACGUACCCUGAGGAGAAAGUAAAACAGCUCGAGGAAAUGUACAAAGAGUUGCUGCGGCUCGAAGAAAAGCAGAAGUUUCUCUCUUCAAAACUCAUUGAGUUAAAGGCAGAGUACAAGGAACAGUCUGCGGACCUGCCUCGGCUUGACCUCGAGAAUUGGAACCACUACUUAAAUAACGACUACAAUUUGACUAAUAUAAGGAAGAAAUGGAUAGAACUACAGUCAGAGGAAGUAGAAAUAAACAAGAAAGAUCAAUGGCUACGCGUUUUUUACGCAUUACCGUAUAUUUGGUCCGAUCCAUCGCGAGUCAUUCCAUAUGAUCCACUAGAAAACAACAAUAGCACAGAAGAAGAAGAAGACAUUAAAGUGGAUGGUGGUGUAAUUGAUCUUAACUGCCCCGUCAGUCUAAAGAAAUUCAAUCUACCGAUGAUCUCUUUAAAGUGUUUCCAUACCUUCGAUGACGCAUCGCUAAAAGAGUUGUUCAGGCCUAGCAAAACCAUCGAGUGUCCCACACCCGGAUGUGGGAAAGUACUAACUACGAAAGAUUUCACGGAAGAUAAACUCAUGCGGAUACGAGUACUAAUAUCAGAUCUACGUAACAGUAAAUGA